CCUUCCCGUGGAAUCUUUGCCUGAUCCAGUUCGUUUCCCUCCGUUCUCCACAUUUUCCCUUCCAGCCUUCCACUUCUCUGGAUCAAUGGAUGGUACAGCUCCAACUCCCAGCUCACAUACUGCUGGCGGACAGCUCCAGUAACAAGUGAGAGCUUGCCUUACACCCCUUUCUACCCCCGCCUCUUCUCCCCACGCCCCCCUCCCCUCAUUCAAGAGAAGAAAAUCAUCAUCACCAUCCCUUUGGUAGAUUUUUGUUUUUCAACUUUACAUAGCCGAAGACAUGGAACCAGGCUCAACCUUUUAAUUCACAUCUCUGCCAAAGGAUUGUUGAAAUUUUUUUUUGGUGUUUUUUUUUUUCCUCCCGUUUCUCUUCAGGAUAUGCCUGUUUAUUGAUGAUCCGCAAGCAUUGGAGAAAGCUUCCUCCUCCCUUCUUCCCCCCUCCUUCCCCUUGAGUUACUUUGUGGGGGCUGGGGGCUCCUGGACUGGAUGGAACUUUUUUCUUCCCCUUUUUGCUAAUCUUGUCUGUGGACGAGAAAGGGAACUCGGGCGCAAGAGGAGCAGAAGGUGGUGGUGGUGGAGGAGGAAGAGGAGGAGGAAGAGGAGGAGGAGGAGGCAGAAGGGGCUCAGUGCGUGUGUAUGCAUGAGUGUAUGCGUGUGUGAGUGUAUGUGUGUGUGUGCUGUUGGUGCCCGGGACCAAAAUCUCCGUAGGUGUUGGCUGAAAUAUGGAGAAUAGUCUUGGAUGUGUUUGGGUACCAAAGCUGGCUUUUGUACUCUUCGGGGCUUCCCUGCUCAGCUUGCAUCUCCAAGUCACCGGUUCCCAGAUUAAGAGUUUUACAUCCCUCCGAUUCCUGUCAGAGCCUUCUGAUGCUGUCACUAUGAGAGGAGGUAAUGUGCUUCUGAACUGCUCAGCAGAGUCAGACAAAGGAGUACCAGUUAUCAAAUGGAAGAAGGAUGGUGUCCACUUAGCCCAAGCAAUGGAUGAACGGAAACAGCAACUGCCAAAUGGAUCCCUGUUAAUACAAAAUAUAGUCCACUCUAGGCACCAUAAGCCAGAUGAGGGUCUAUACCAGUGUGAAGCAUCACUAGGAGAUUAUGGAGCAAUCAUCAGUAGAACAGCUAAAGUUUCAGUAGCAGGGCCAUUGCGGUUUCUUUCUCAAACGGAAUCUGUCACAGCCUUCAUGGGAGACACAGUAUUACUAAAAUGUGAGGUUGUAGGGGAGCCUAUGCCAAUAAUACAUUGGCAGAAGAAUCAAGAAGACCUAGUGCUGAAUCCUGGUGAUUCUCGGAUAGUUAUAUUGCCCUCAGGAGCUCUACAGAUUAGCAGACUUCAACCAGGAGACAAUGGAAUCUACCGAUGCCUUGCCAGGAACCCAGCUAGCUCAAGAACUGGAAAUGAAGCAGAAAUUAGAAUUUUGUCAGAUCCAGGUUUACACAGACAACAGUUUUUCCUGCAGAGACCUUCCAAUGUGGUAGCUAUCGAAGGAAAAGAUGCCAUUCUAGAGUGUUGUGUUUCUGGGUAUCCUCCACCGAGUUUUACCUGGAUUCGAGGAGAGGAAGUGAUCCAAGUCAGGUCCAGAAAAUAUUCUUUAUUAGGUGGCAGCAACUUACUUAUUUCCAAUGUGACAGAUGAUGAUACUGGAACAUACACUUGUGUUGUCACCUACAAAAAUGAGAACAUCAGUGCUUCUGCAGAGCUUACAGUAUUGGUUCCACCAUGGUUUUUAAUUCACCCUUCAAAUCUCUAUGCCUAUGAGAGUAUGGACAUUGAGUUUGAGUGUGCUGUCUCGGGAAAGCCUGUACCUACAGUGAACUGGAUGAAGAAUGGAGAUGUGGUCAUUCCUAGUGAUUAUUUUCAGAUAGUGGGCGGCAGCAAUUUGAGGAUCCUUGGAGUAGUAAAGUCAGACGAAGGUUUUUAUCAGUGUGUAGCUGAGAAUGAGGCUGGGAAUACACAGACCAGUGCCCAGCUAAUCAUCCCUGAACCUGCUAUCCCAAGUUCCAGUGUCCUUCCCUCUGCUCCCCGAGAUGUGGUCCCUGUCUUGGUUUCCAGUCGCUUUGUUCGUCUCAGCUGGCGUCCACCUGCAGAAACAAGAGGGAAUGUUCAGACUUUCAGCGUCUUCUUUUCCAGAGAAGGUGAUAACAGGGAGCGAGCAAUGAACACAUCCCAGCCUGGGUCCCUUCAACUGACAGUGGGAAACCUGAAGCCAGAAGCAACUUAUACGUUCCGAGUUGUGGCCUAUAAUGAACGGGGACCAGGAGAGAGUUCUCAGCCCAUUAAAGUGGCCACCCAGCCUGAAUUGCAAGUUCCAGGGCCAGUAGAAAACCUGCAAGCUAUAUCUACCUCACCUACCUCAAUUCUUAUUUCCUGGGAACCCCCUGCCUAUGCAAAUGGUCCAGUUCAAGGUUACAGAUUGUUCUGCACUGAGGCUUCUACUGGAAAAGAACAGAAUAUAGAGGUUGAUGGACUAUCUUACAAGCUGGAAGGACUGAAAAAAUUUACUGAGUAUACGCUUCGAUUUCUGGCUUAUAAUCGCUACGGGCCAGGAGUAUCCACUGAUGAUCUCACAGUUGUAACACUUUCUGAUGUUCCCAGUGCUGCACCUCAGAAUGUCUCCCUGGAAGUGGUUAACUCAAGGAGUAUCAAAGUGAGUUGGCUACCUCCACCACCAGGCACACAAAAUGGAUUUAUUACUGGCUAUAAAAUCCGACACAGAAAGACAACCCGCCGGGGUGAGAUGGAAACUUUAGAGCCAAACAACCUCUGGUACUUAUUCACAGGACUAGAAAAAGGAAGUCAAUACAGUUUCCAAGUGGCAGCCAUGACAGUCAAUGGUACUGGUCCUUCCUCAGACUGGCAUACAGCUGAGACACCAGAGAAUGAUCUUGAUGAGACCCAGGUCCCUGACCAACCAAGCUCUCUUCAUGUCAGACCCCUGACCACCAGCAUUGUAAUGAGUUGGACCCCUCCACUCAAUCCAAACAUUGUUGUUCGAGGAUACAUCAUUGGAUAUGGUGUAGGCAGCCCAUAUGCUGAGACAGUACGUGUGGACAGCAAGCAACGGUACUAUUCCAUUGAAAAGUUAGAGCCAAGUUCCCAUUAUGUAAUCUCCCUAAAAGCCUUUAACAAUGCGGGAGAGGGAGUUCCUCUCUAUGAAAGUGCCACCACCAGAUCUAUGACAGAUCCCAUUGACCCAUUGGAAGCUGAUUUUUAUCCUUUACCUGAUGAUUUCCCUACCUCAGUCCCAGAUAUCUCCACCCCCAUGCUCCCACCAGUAGGUGUUCAGGCUGUUGCACUUACCCACGAUGCCGUGAGGGUCAGCUGGGCAGACAACUCUGUUCCUAAGAAUCAAAAAACAACUGAGGUUCGGUUUUACACUGUCCGAUGGAGAACCAGCUUUUCUGCAAGUGCAAAAUACAAGUCCGCAGAUAUAACAUCACUGAGUCAUACAGCAACUGGCCUUAAACCCAACACCAUGUAUGAAUUCUCAGUAAUGGUAACCAAAGGACAAAGGUCCAGCACUUGGAGUAUGACUGCACACGCCACCACAUACGAAGCAGCUCCAACUUCUGCACCCAAGGAUCUGACUGUCAUUACUCGGGAAGGGAAGCCUCGAGCUGUCAUUGUGAGCUGGCAGCCUCCCUUAGAAGCCAAUGGAAAAAUUACUGCUUAUAUCCUCUUCUAUACUUUGGACAAAAAUACACCAAUUGAUGAUUGGAUUAUGGAAUCAAUCAGUGGUGAUCGACUGACUCAUCAAAUUAUGGAUCUCAACCUUGACACUGUGUACUACUUUAGAAUUCAAGCCCGGAAUUCCAAAGGAGUGGGACCUCUCUCUGACCCCAUUGUUUUCAGAACAUUAAAAGUGGAGCACCCCGACAAAAUGGCUAAUGACCAAGGUCGUCAUGGAGAUGGAGGUUAUUGGCCAGUUGACACAAAUUUGAUUGAUAGAAGCACACUGAAUGAGCCACCAAUAGGACAGAUGCACCCUCCGCAUGGCAGUGUCACUCCUCAGAAGAACAGUAACUUGCUUGUGAUCAUCGUAGUCACUGUUGGGGUCAUCACAGUGCUGGUGGUGGUGAUCGUAGCUGUGAUAUGCACCAGACGCUCCUCAGCCCAGCAGAGAAAGAAACGAGCUACCCAUAGUGCUGGCAAGAGGAAGGGAAGCCAGAAAGACCUCCGGCCCCCUGAUCUUUGGAUUCAUCAUGAAGAAAUGGAGAUGAAGAAUAUUGAAAAACCAUCUGGCUCAGACCAGGCUGGAAGGGACUCACCAAUCCAGGGCUGCCAGGACAUCACACCAGUCAGCCACAGCCAAUCAGAAACACAGCUGGGAAGCAAGAGCACAUCCCAUUCUGGUCCUGAUGCUGAUGAAACUGGAAGUACCAUGUCUACACUUGAGAGAUCACUUGCUGCCCGAAGAGCCACCCGGGCCAAAUUGAUGAUUCCAAUGGAUUCCCAGCCAAACAACCCCACAGUCGUUAGCGCCAUCCCAGUGCCAACACUUGAAAGUGCCCAGUACCCAGGAAUCUUGCCAUCUCCAACAUGUGGAUACCCCCAUCCCCAGUUCACUCUCCGCCCUGUGCCAUUCCCAACACUUGCUGUUGAUCGAAGCUUUGGAACAGGAAGAAGUCAGUCUGUUAGUGAAGGACCAACUCCCCAGCAGCCACCCAUGUUACCACAGACACAGCCUGAGCAUCCUAGCAGUGAGGAAGCUCCAAGUAGAACAAUCCCAACGGCCUGUGUUCGACCCACUCAUCCACUCCGAAGCUUUGCCAACCCGUUGCUACCUCCACCAAUGAGUGCAAUAGAACCCAAAGUCCCUUACACACCACUUUUGUCCCAGACAGGUCCUACCCUGGCCAAGACUCAUGUGAAAACAGCUUCCCUUGGAUUGGCAGGAAAGGCCAGGUCACCCUUGCUUCCAGUGUCAGUGCCCACAGCCCCAGAAGUUUCUGAAGAAGGCCACAAACAACCAGAGGACCCAGCCAAUGUAUAUGAGCAGGAUGAUUUGAGUGAACAAAUGGCAAGUUUGGAAGGGUUAAUGAAGCAACUCAAUGCCAUCACGGGCUCAGCCUUCUAAAAGUUCCAUUGCAUUAAGGAGGUGGAUUAUCCAGAACCAUGCAGCAUAUCAGGAUUUCAUUCACAGAACGAUGUGCCCACAAACAACUGCACACACAACACAUCACCUGAUCCCCAGUACUGUCUAGUUAAAGGAAGAUCCUCCAGCGGUUUGGAGAGGUACAUGCCACCUAUCUAAUGCCCAUUGUGCAUCUCAAAGUUCUCAAAAGGAAGCACCUAUCUACAACAAAGGAGUGUUUCACACAAGGUCAAAGUUAAAGUUUCUGGAGUAAUUCUGGCCCUUGGCUUUGAUCAGCUAGCCAUACAUCGUCUCCACAUUUGCAUUAAUAAUACAUCUGUUUCCAUUCAUCAGGGCCUGCAGUCCUGUAGGCUUUUGUUUUUGUUUUCUUUUUCUUAAUGUGGCAGUCUAGUCUUACAACAUGUAAGUGCAUUAUUUAAACCUGUCCAAUGUCAUGGUAAAAUCAGUGGAGAUCACUUGUCUUUUACUUUCAACCACAAAGCACCCCUGGGAAAUUCUUACUACAGGGCACCAAAGGAUUGGAUGUAUUACCCAACAGCACAAAAAAAAAAAUAAAAACAAAAGAGACAAUGAAUGCCUAUUGUUUUGUAACUCAGUCAUUCAUCUUGCACAAGUGGUGGGUAUUAGCAAGUGGCUGUAAAAAUUCACCCAUUUUCCUCAAGUAUUUGUAUAUCCACUCUUGGUUAGCAUUUAUGUCUGGAGAACAGAGAAUAGAAACAUAAAAAAUCUGCAAUGGGUGGCAUCGUGCCAGCUGCAGUGCAUUUUUGGAAAGAGGAUACAAUAUGCAAUCUUCUCAGACACACGGUAAUUAUGAGCUUAAGCUUGUAAUAGAACACUUUUCAACAUGGGUGGCGUUUGGGCCAUACCACACUGUGAUGACAUUUCAAAAGCUUCACCAAGGCCAUUCUCCCUCAGGCGCCCAGGCAGGACUGAGGUUCCUCUCUCUUCCCCAGAGGCUCCGUCCUCCCCAAGAGAUGGCUGACUCCAUAUUCUGCCUGGCAUGGAUGCCAGUGAUCUCUGCCUUCCUUGUCAGAAACAGCAAACUGUCAAAAUGCAGACCCUAAGGAAGAGAAGGCAGAGUGCUUCAUUCCAGAGGACCGUCUCCUUGGGCCCUUCCUGAUUCUCUGGACAGGUCACUGAACCAACUAGCCACAUGCUGGCCAAUGGUGACCACUGUGGCCUAUUGCUGUAUUGUGAUGAAAUUCACACCAUCAGGGAGCAGAAGGAAAGGCAUCAUCUGACACUUAAGAAACUUCAUAAAUCCAAUGGAUCCUUUUCAAAGUUGUGUCUCAUGAUUCAGGAAGUGAUUCCAAGUGGCAUCUUCAUUCUCUGCUAGAAUUUUAACUUUAUAUUACCGUGUUUAUCGACAACUCUUAACUGGUUGAAUUAAGAACAUUUUGUGUGUACACUUUCAGUUGCUGAAUUUUCAGCCAGCAUUCAGAGUUAAUCCCUGUUUAUGCAGCUGAAUCACCAAAAGGGAGCUAAUUUGCAUAUUUAUCAGUUAGGAGACUGCAAAACCCAAUAAGAGAGUUUCAGCUGAAUUAUUCUAUUCAGCUCUGCCUUUGAUUUCAAGCUUGAGUGGGUCAUAAUUUUAAAAGAGCAUGGAAGGGAUAGGAUCUUUACAACCUAAUAGCUCCUUUUAUUAGGUGGGUAAUUAUAUACGAAUCCCUGAAUGAAAUAUUUUGAGCAAAAUGGCAACGUAACAGAAGUAAUAAUUCAGAUUAUUUUUUUACGGUUUUACGUCAGGAAGGAAAUCUGAUGUCAAAGAGAGAGCUCAUUCAAGUCAUUCAUUAGAAAAUCUGGUCCAUUUGUAAAGUUCUUCCUUCAACAAGAGUGCUGGUUGUUUUUUGAUUUGCUAAAAUUUUAUUUAAGUCCUUUCUAAGAAUUAUGUAGUGUUGUCUGUAUGAGGACAUUUGCCUUUUUUUGUUGUUGUUGGACAUCAGGGGUACUUGGGAGUCUGGAAGUCUGGCUCUUUGGAGUGGGGCAUUCCCUGUGCUAGCAUUAAAUCCCUUCAAAAUCAACCUAUGACUUUGAUAUAAAGAUAAUACAUUGAAAUGAUCCCUUAUGUCCCUAAUGGAGCCCUUAAUUUCCCAGGGACAGCCUUCCUUACUUUUAAAGUCACAGCAUAGCAGUAUGACCUUAAAGGUACCUAAUCCCCCCAAGAAGAUGUCCUCAAUAGUCAAAGUUUGUUUGGUCCCUACAUCUUGAAUCCAAGGCAUUUACCUAUCUACUAUGACAGAUGAGUCUGGGCAGUUCAAAGAGAACUGGCUAGCAACUUCAUAAAAAUUCUCAGUACUUCCAAAUCCAGACUAGUUAUUUUUAGAAGAUGGAAAUAUGUUAGAAAAA